CAGUAUAUUAUUUCUUAAAUCUUUCAUCAAUAAUUGUCUUAAAAGCGACUAAACAAGCAGACUUUUUCGUCCCCGGUCCCGAGUAACUUAAUGACGGCCAUGCUCUUUGAGUACAGUAUUUGGCACAAUUGAAGUGGCUCUAUGCAACAAUAGCCUUCUCCCCCCUUAUAAAACCCAAAACCUCUAUCAACUUAACUCAAUCCAAGAUCAUUUUCACUCCCUCUCUCCCUCUCUCUAGAAAAUGGCGAAUAAGCAGAAUUUCACAGUCUGUUGCUGUUUCAACAGAUCGUAUAAACUAAGAGCAUCUGAAGCACCAAAAGAUGUAAUCAACUUAUUCAACCAGUACUCAGUUAACGGUACCAUGACUGUUGAUAAUUUCCAAGAUUUCUUAUUCCACUAUGAAGGCGAAAAGGAUACAACAAAAGAACGCGCACAAAAGAUCAUGGAUGAAGUACUGAAACAACAACACCAUCAUGUUAAGAUUUUUCAUAGAAAAGAAGAGUUUAAUCUUGAAGCUUUCUUCAGGUUUCUCUUCAGUGAUUCUAAUCCUCCUCUUCUACCCCAGGUUCACCAUGAUAUGACUGCACCACUGUCACAUUAUUUCAUAUACACAGGGCACAAUUCGUACUUAACCGGGAAUCAAAUAAGUAGUAAAUGCAGCGACGUACCGAUCAUACAGGCUCUCCAGAAAGGUGUAAGAGUAAUCGAGUUAGAUUUAUGGCCGAAUUCAUCGAAAGAUUACAUCGAUGUUGUUCAUGGAUGGACGUUAACAACUCGAAUUGAUCUCAUAAAAUGUUUGAGAUCUAUCAAAGAAUAUGCUUUUGUCGCUUCACCAUACCCUGUUGUAAUAACUCUAGAAGACCAUCUUACUCCGGAUCUUCAGUCAAAAGUAGCUAAGAUGAUAACUGAAACAUAUGGAAAGAUGUUGUUUAACCCUGCCAAAGAAGGCUCAGCAGAAUCCCGUUCACCCGAAUCGUUGAAAUAUCGGAUCCUUAUCUCAACUAAACCACCAAAAAAGCGGCAAGAACCUGAGGAUACGAAGGAAAUGGAGAUGGGUUCCCACCACCAAAAGGACGAACCGUGGGGAGAGGAAGUUUCUGACCUUGAAAAAAGCCAUAAGCCAAAGAAAGAUCGCGAGGAGAACGAAGAUUCAGAUGAUGGUGGGGAGUCUGCAUUGCAGCUCAUUGCACCACCCAAGUAUGAAGCUCUAAUUGCUAUUCAUGGUGCAAAAAGCAAGGGUGAAGUGCAUGAAGUCUUAAGGGUGGUUCCUGACAAAACAUGUCGUAUCAGCUGGAACGAACUGAAAUUUAAAAAAGCCACAGAGACUCAUAAAUCUCAUGUAGUCAGGUUCACACAGAAGAAUUUUCUUAGGAUUUAUCCAAAAGGCAGUAGAAUUACCUCAUCAAAUUACAACCCAUUAAUGGGGUGGAUUCAUGGAGCUCAAAUGGUUGCGCUUAAUAUGCAGGGAUAUGGAAGGUCACUCUGGAUGAUGCACGGAAUGUUUAGAGCCAAUGGAGGGUCUGGCUAUGUUAAAAAACCACAAUUUCUCCUUGAAAAUUCUGGUCCAUAUCACCACUUUUCCCAUUUCAGUGACAGUUUACCGGUGGCGAAAACCUUGAAGGUAAACUUAUACAUGGGAGAAGGGUGGCACUUGGAUUUCAAACAUACACAUUUUGAUUUGUUCUCCCCGCCAGAUUUCUACACAAAAAUUGGUAUUGCUGGCGUGAAAUGUGAUUCAGUUCUGAAGCAAACAGAAACAAUCAAUGAUGAUUGGACACCUGUUUGGGAUCAAGAAUUUGAAUUCCCAUUAUCUGUUCCUGAGCUUGCUUUGCUGCGAAUUCAAGUCCAUGAAUCUGAUCCAACAGGGAAGGAUGAUUUUGGAGGUCAGACUUGUUUACCCGUUUCUGAGCUGCGAGCAGGGAUCAGAGCAGUUCCACUAUACAGCCGCAAGGGAGAGAAAUAUAAAUCGGUAAAGCUUCUUAUGAAAUUCGAAUUUUGCUGAAAAAUUUGCUGUGGACUUGCAACUACUUUUAUGUAAUGGCUUGAAUGAUGUAAAUUUUACCAAGGAUCAUAGGUAAUGCUAUUGUAACUUUAAGGUUGUGAAUAAGGAGUUUUAUCAUCUGGAUGGUGAACUUUUUACUGCUAAACGCGAUAAUAAAUUUGUUCAGUUUCCAGACA